UAAAUUCAUCCAAACAUUGCUUUUCGAUAGCAUGCUUUUAAACAGAGAUAAUAGCAAAUGAAUGUAAAUCUUUGCAAAUGAAUGGUCGCAACCUUGUUAGACAUUCGUUACGUGGACACGAGCAGAGCGCAUAAGCUAGUCAUACAGGGUUACAGCUUCACCCGAAAGCAAAAACGGGAACGAAACACGAUUUGGGAGUGUUGCCAGUCGAGGCCGUUGGGAUGCAAAGCAUCGGUAACCAUCUAUGUGACAGGAAACAAAGUGAAUAUGCGAGGAAUGCACAAACAUGCAAUUAUGACGCGAAGACGAAGACUGAGCUAGCGCAAACGGUUGAUGGAGGCACGCCUGCAGGAGCGUAUCUGGCGGAAAACCGAAAAAGAGAGUGAUUGUCGCAGGGAACUUUAAUUUGCCUGUCAUAUUACUUACACUAUUAAAAAAAUAAAAUAAAUAAAAUAUCUAAACGAUAGUUUUGUUUUUGCAAAUGUGAAGCUCGAGUCAUGGUGCAGAACAGGCUUGUUUAUUACGUUAACGGAGACCAUUGUCAUUUGAAUGCUGAACAAUAAAUAAAAACUAUCAUUUAGAUCGGAUCAUUAUCAACGUCCUAACUGAUUGUUUUUUUGUGUGAAUAUUUUCAGGCGAUCUACUACAAUCAAUGGAAGACUAUAGUCAAGUUCAAACCGAAUUUGAAAUGCCACAUCCGGAGUUGGCUGGAGUGUCUGUACUGUAUAAGCGUAAUCCAGUCGAAAUAAUAGGCGACGAAAAACACGCUAUAGACCCCAGCAAAGACGUCAACUUCGUAUUGCAAGGCAACCGUCGCAAACUGUAUGUCAAAGACCACUGCUACUACCGGAAACACACUUUGAAAAAUCACACACAGUGGCGUUGUACUGAAUACAGAGCCUACGGGUGCUUGGCUUCGGUGAAGGUGUCGCGAAACGGAUUACAAAUGACUCUCCAAGGAGUGCACGACCAUCCCGUCAAGAAAGAGCAUCGUCGAGAAGGGCAGCUGAGAGAACUUAUGGAAAAACGGAAACAAACUGUUAACGAACGAAAGCAACAGCGCCGAAAGUAAACUUGCAACAGCACUGAUUCAAAUAAAGCUUUUGAAAAAUUUCAUCUUGUUUGAAUGUUUAUGAGUGUAGGUUUUGAUGGGCAAGUGUUGCCAUCACUCACUGUUGGUUCAAUUUCAGAGCUGCCGAAGUCGUUUUUCGUUUUGAGUGGCCGAGGAAAUCUUCAACUGUCGAUCGAUGGAUACGUGUUCACGCAAGAGCUGGUCAAGAACAACGACAUAGAUUGGGCUUGUUCGCAAUCAAAAGCUUUGCGCUGUAAAGUUCGCGCGACGACAUCUCGUGGGAAAGAUCGCAAGUUGCUCUCGAUCCGAGGCGAACACAAUCACGGGAUAAUUACUGAACGUCGGAAAAGCGGUGCCUUGAAGGCUCUGCUGGAACAACGCAAGAAAGAGCGCGAUGAACGACGAAUGAGAUUGGGAGGAGUUUUUUCAUCACCAGUCUAGAAAUCUUUAUUGGAUAAAUAAAUACUACACGAUAAUAAUGAAUUGUUUGAUUAUAAUCUGAUUGAAGCAAUAGAUUUGUUGGUGGUUUCACCUCUACUUGCCUAUUUUGACCUACUUUAUGUCUCGUUUAUAGUUGCAUAUUGUUUCCAUGACGCCUCAGAAGCAGUAAGAAAACCAAACGUUCAGUAUUCAUUGAGUAACAAAAGGCACCCUGGUGCUGUUACUGGAUGGGUUCUCUUUCUUCAAGGAAAAAGCACGCAACGGUUCUACCUUUUGGCGAUGCUCGCAGUAUUUUGCGCUCAAGUGCCGAGCUCGCGUUCGCAUGCCGCUUCCACCGAACGAUGAAAAUCUAGUUCGCCGAGAAGAACAUAAUCACAAAAUCAUCUCCGAACGACGCAAAUAUGGCUCUCUAAAAAACAAUAUGAAAAACGAUGAAGAACUUACGCAGCACCAUGAGAUCUCUGACAAAGGGUUGCUCAGUAAAUGAUAAUAUGCCAUUUUAAAUAUGCGUAAAAAGAUUACCAAAGAGAAAUUCGAUGAAAAAUAAUGUUAUAUUGUAGUACUAGAACACGUGUGUAUUAUUUUCAUUUCAGUUCAUUUCUCAAUGUUACACACGGAUGAACUAAUCUUUGUCGUGCAUUCGUUUCAUUUAUCUCCUGCUUGUCUCUGACCUGAUUCCCCUGCCGACAGAAAAUGGAACCAAACCAUACGUCCAAUAUACGAUUAGUAAUCGUGGAACUCCAUUGCUGUUGCUGGAUGGGUUCGCCUUCAUCAGGGAUAAAGUACGCAACAGUGUUACCUCAUGGAGAUGUUGUCAACACCGUACACUUAGCUGCAAAGCUCGCGCCAACGCCGUCCGGGAUCGCAGUGGCCAAAAGAAAAUCGUCAUCAAACACUUUCACAAUCAUCCGCUUGUAACCGAGCGUAAAGAGAAACGUUCCUUAAAAUAAAAUUAUGCGCUACUUCUAGUACCUCAGCAACAGUUAGCUAAAAGUGAAAUAAGUCGUGUUUUCAUUUUCGGUUUUGUUUACAGUUUUUCGGUAACGUCCGAUGAAAUCUAUGUAUCUACUAAUGAAAAAAAUCGAUCUGCAUUCUAGGGAUGGUGACGUACACUACUAGCCGUCGAGGUCGUCGACAGAUCUGCUACUUCGGACACUCAUUCGAGAUGGAAAAGGAACGGAAAGGGUCCACCAGCUGGCGGUGCGGUCAGGCAAAGCCUCUUAAAUGCAAGGCCAGAAUUAUCGAGCGCAUUUCAAAGUACGGCGACCCAAUGUAUGAAAUUGUGCGUUCGACGCAUAAUCACGACAUUAUAACUGAGAGGAGGCCACGAGGGUGGUUGAAAGGUUAUAAUGAGCUAUCAAUAAUGAAAAAGAAGAACAAUAAAUUCACAGUUCCUUGGCAUGUAAUCUAGUACUACUUUUUGGAAUUAAAUUGUUACAAUGGACUCAAGUAGUUCUUCACUACAAACUUGUAUUGGCGAGUAAUCUAGUACAACCAAUCUAUAUAAUUUAGAACAAUUUGACUGGCUUUAUAGACCUGCAAUUACAAUCUAGUACAACUAUACAGUUCAAUGAAUAUUCCAGUAGCAACAAAAUAAUCAACUUUUGAACUAUUAUAGGACACUGUUACGGUUCGGCGGAGUACUCAAUCAGCCUCAAAGGCUCCCUGCAGUUGAUGGUGCAGGGAUUUCCGUACACUCGCCAUAGCUGCAAGGGCGGCAAGGUCUACUGGCGGUGCGUGCAGUUCAAGUCACUUGGCUGUCGGUCUAGGGUUCGUACUCACCAGGAGCUGAUCGAGUCGAUAGAGCACGAACACAAUCACGAUCGAAUGUUGGCCAGGCGUAAACGAGGAGCUUUGAAGCAGUUGAUGCAAGAGAGGAAGCGCGAGGAAUCUCUAGUUGCCCUGGAUCAGUGUGACUUGGUUGAACUUGACUGGGUUGAAUAAAAGUUUCUGUUGCUAGAUGACCUUGCUGGAUUGUUAAUAUCAAUAAUAACUCUGAAAAAAAAAAUGUGACUGCAUAAUGUGUCGGAGUUUCGUCUUUCAGAACCCGUCUCAUUGAUACAGGUGAUAGCUGUAGUACCAGACAAAGCGGAACCUCAUCCCUAUAGCUAUAACUAUCGUGGAAAUCUUGUGCAUGAUAAGUACACCUUUUCCAAAACGGCGGCUCACGGGACGGGCAACAUUGUCUACUGGAGGUGCACGGGCUAUCGUAAGCAUAAGUGUAGAGCUACAUUGAAAACGCGAGGCAAGGAGUUGAUCGUGGUUCGCCAAGACCAUAACCACGAGCCCUUCGUAAAGGGAAGUGUUUUCACUUCCGAUUUGCCAAUUUGGAAGGAAACAACGGGAUCUAACGCUUCUUAAAAUUUACCAUUUUACUCUUUGCUAUGAGGCCACAUUGGAAUUUACCUAAUAAAAAUUACAAGAACAAUACAUUACAUUUUUGAAAACAAUAAUCUUCAUUGUUUUUCUACCAUACCAUUAAUAUAAUCUUGCGUUCUAGUACUACACAACUUCAUACUAACGUUACAUCUGUAUUCCUCCAGGGAAACUUCUGUCGAUUUCGACAAUGCCGCUCAUAUUGAAAAAGAUCAAAGUCAAGCGUACAAAACCGCCAUCUCCGUUGAAAUCAGUGCCCGCAAUGAAUGCCCCAUCUGAACGUCCAACCGUGGUAAGCGCCGAUCCGGAUCAACUGCUCAGGCUGGACAACAGUACAAUUUCCAAAGACAAUAUCGUCAAACAGCUAUCGAACGGCCAUGCUCUAGUACUGCUGAAAAGGACACGCGUCAAAGGUUUUUGUGUGAGCUGUAUUCGUUCCAUGCAGGAUCCGGAGUACAAGAAGAAGUUGAACAAAAUUAUUACCUACUGCUCGGGAUGCCCCGGUGGGCAGUGGAUUUGUGAAGCGUGUUUUGAUUCCAGUCACGAUAUAAAGAACUAAAUGAAUAAAAAUUUAAAAUAUCUAACUGCUAUCGAUAGUUAUUUCCUAUUGUGAUUCUUUUUUAUCAAUACUUUUCAAACUAACAGAGUUCCAAUUAUUUUCAGGUAAAGCUCUGUUCCAGAUCGGCAACCGAAACUCGCUGAAGCUGUUCUACAACGGACACUUCUACACAAGGUCCUACACGGCGGAAAAAUCAAGCAAGUGGGUCUGCGACAGGAAAAACAUGCUCAAAUGCAAAGCUCGAAUACGCCUGAACCGAGACAAAACUUGUGACGUGCUGAACGCCAAUCACAACCAUCCGGCUCGAAACGCUAGAACUAUCGGAAUGCUGAUCGAUUUCACCGAUCGAGAUUUGAGCACCAUGCUCCAGAAAGAUACCGUCAAAGAAUCUCCCAAUCCCAAUCGUUGCGGAAUAACUAAAAUGAAAAUAUAAUGAAUGAAUCAACCAACAUUUUUAACUGUCCACAUUCUAUUACUUCAUCUUACGAAUCGUAGCAUGACACUUCACUAAAACCUCUCCUUGACUUUUCGUUCCAGUGCACAAGAUCAUGAAGCUACAGAAACGAAUCUACUACCUCAAAAAGGUGUCCGGAGAGUUUGUUCAACACGGAGAAAAUCCAGUUUCUUCGCAGAUUGAGUACUUGCAACGCGAUCUGGAUGUGCUUACGGGGACUCUACCGAAAAUGGAGAACGCUCCGGAUUGUAAGCCAUCUUCCGUUCCGGGAUUCGAGUUCCCUCUGACCGAGCAGGAGGAAAUUGAACGCUUGGAGGCGGAGGUACGAAACGAUCCGUAUGUCCGGUGCCAAUAUGUGAACUAUCUUAUCAACAAAAAGCCAGCGCCGAUGAAUCUAAUACAGUUUCUACCAAUGGUGUUUUCCGAUGAGGCCCUUAUUGCCUACAACUAUCAUGGUUCGCAUGCUUCCGGAAAAUCUAAGCAUUCGAUGAAGGCGUACACCAUUUUUUCGGAAUGCUUUUUGGAAGCCUUCGAAGGAGAAGGAUUGGAUAUGGACGCAUUGACCAAGCAGCUGGUAAUGGCCAUCAAACAGAGCCGGAACCGUAUGCGGCAACGCACAUUCCGAGCGAAGAAGACGCUACAACGAAUCAGCAGCGACAAGGGUUCUGAGUGAUUAGUGUGGAACGGGAUGUCUUGCUUUCAGAAUUUAAGUACAUACAAUAAAAAUGAGAAGAAGUGAAUGAUUAACUGCGAUGUUCUUUGACGUACUAGAAUGAAUAUUGUUGUCGGUUUAGUUUAAAAAUAAUGUUUCUUCGCUAACAAUUUGAACCAACUCUUGAUUGAACAGGAACUGUUGACGUAGCUCCAAAAAUGAUUCUGAUGAAGUUGGAAAUGGAACGUUUGGCACAGCGCAUCAACGAGGGCCCUUUGACCAUAGAUGGUGAGGACGAUUUGAGCAAGGUACGAUCACUUCGCAAGGAGCUGAAACAGUUGGAUGAUUCCCAAUUCAGGUCGAAUAUCUGAGCGUCACAAAACCGCUUCGCCAGGGCGUCGGGCAGGUGUUCAACAAGUACUUCACCGACGAAGCCAUGACCAACUACAACUGGCACGGUCUGGAUAAGGCACAGUAUCCACGAACGCCAAAGAAAGGCAUGCAGAAGUAUGAUAUAUUCUACGGUUGUAUGAUUGAUGCAUGGGAAAGUCACGGGCUCGAUAACGAAACACUUGUCGAGCAGAUUAAGAAAGCAGUUUAUCAUAUAAAUCGACGUCGGUACACCAAAAAACAGUCCCUGAAAAAGAAGUACACGAUUGUUGAAGUACAAGAGUAGAUAUUAUAUUGGAUGAUUUUUUUAUGACGAACCUUCUCCAGCUUCUUCAUGCAAGAUAACUAUACGUUCUACGAUUGCAUUUUAUAGGUUGAACUGUAGUACUAGAUUGACAUAUAAUUUUGAUUUAUUUUACUGCCACAUUUAUACGCGUCGAAAGGUGUACCACCGCCUAUGAAUAUCGAUAGUUGAAUAAAAUUGCAGAGAACUCUUUAACCAGCUUUGAUAUAAUAAAAUUCUAGAAAUAAUCUAUUAUUUAUUUAUCAUACAGCUGACUAUCUGCUAUCUGACACACUCGCAUACUUCCAGAUACAUUUCGGCCCAACCUGGCAAAGCGUAAACAAGAGCUGUUGAGGUACCUGAAGCCGUUCAAACGACCCGAACAACCGCAGCGGAAAGUUUCGGUUGAAGGAUUUUCCUUUCCAGUGUACACCUCGGACGAGGUGGAACGACUAGAGGAAGCUGUCCGCUCAUCCAGAAAUAUACGCCGCCAGUACGUAGCCUAUCUGACCGAGCGGAAACCUCGCCACAUGGACAUUGUAGAAUGUUUCGGCAAGUUCUUCACCGAUGAAGCGAUGGCUCCGUAUGCGUGGAAUGGGUACAAGAAUCCAAAGUUUCCACGCAAGGCAAUGAAAACUAUGGACAUCUUCUCCUACUGUAUACUUGGUAAGAGUGAGAGGACUCUUUCGGGAAAUCAACGACUUCUCGCACAUUCUGGUUCAAGAAAAGUUUUCUGAGAUAUGAAGAAAAGUGAAGAUAAAAUCAAUAUGGAUUGAACUCACCAAUGAUAAUACAGCAAUGUUCCGAUUUUAUCACACCCUCUGCGUGCCAGACCAUCAAUUUGAAUUAAUUUUCUGCUACAUUAAUGUUUAUCUUUGUUCUUUGUGCUGCAAUAAGCAGGUGUUAUUUGCAGCGUUGAAAAUGUUGAAGACAAUUAUUUGUUGUGUAUGUACUUUGUAUCAAAAUAUUUGUUAUCUAUCUGUUUCCAUUUGUUUGAAAAGGAGAGUGAUAAAAUUGGAACAUUUCUGUCUGUAUCUGUUACCUGUCAGAUGUUUCAUAUGCACUGUUUCUAGUUACCCUCGUGGGAACGACAUUUUCUCGUGUCCUGAAUCUCUUCAACGAAGUCAAGGCCGAAGUACUAGAUUAUGUGCAAGAAGGUUUUCUUUAUCUGUUCUAUGCUGAUUCGAUAAUAUCUUGAAUUUCAGAGGCUUGGCAACGACACGGAGUUACUUCGAUGGACAUCCUCUCGGACAUCAUGACCAAGGUGAUCACGAAGAUUGCCGGUCGUCGGCGGUCCAACAAUUAUAACCAACGGAAGCGCAUCCAGCAGUUUUGUGACAAACAUAAUGAAUAAAUGCUCAAUUGGCUUCUUUAGCGGUGUUGAGAUAAUUCCAUAUUCGGAAUCUGCAUGCAAAACUGAGCCGAAAUCCAAAUUUUCAUGAAUUUUGGUGCCCGGGAACCUAUUUAAAAAUCAAUUUGAAGUUUGUAUGGAAGCGAUUUGUCGAAUCACCCCUCGUCGCAUUUUGUACUGGGUGGAGCUGUCAAACAGUUUCCCAGCUGUCAAAAGGUGUUUUCAAAAAAUCUCUUUGAAAUUUAAUUUAGGUAUCAAAAUAAAGUUCUAAAAAUCUGAAAAAAAUCAUAGUGGCUCAGAAAAAGGUGCUCUUUCGUAUAAAAUCGAAAAAUCGAUUCAUUUUUCUUAAUUUAAAAACCCAAUUGAUUGUUUGAAUAUUUGUGUUUUUAUAAUUUUUACAGUUGCUAUGUUAAAAAAUAGGAAAAUGUUGUGCAUAUUAAUUCAAAACCGUUUCGUUCCAGAUGUGGUAGUUAUCAAGGAGGACUUGCACGAGGCUUCUUCCACGGGUGUGACCGGGUUCUGCUUUCCGUUAUUCUGCGAGGAAGACGUUGAUCGGCUCGAGGCUGCAGUCAAGAUGGAUCCUAUGGUUCGCCGGCAAUAUAUAAAACAUUUGAAAUCCCUAGGAGAGUACCAACCCAGUUCGUUUGCGAAGUAUGUGAGUGAACUAUUCAGUGAUCUCUCGCUUUACAACUACUGCGUUACAGUAGACGGCAAUGAACAUACUAAUAAGAAGGAUAUGAUUGGAUACGACAUUUUCACGCACUGUUUACUUGAAGCCUGGGCGCCACAAGGUCUGACGAUUUCCAAACUGACCGAACUAUUGAAAUCGGUGACAGUUAGCCUCAGCGAGAGACGACAAUUGUCCAACCGAAACCGCCGAAAACGAUCGGAACUCAUUCAGAAGUGGCUCCUAAAGGAGAAUCAAAACCAGAAAUCUUAAGAAUGCAGUGAUAAAUAAAACUUUGUGAAAAAAAUAACUACAUAUUCAAAAUUUUCAUUCUCUCUAACAUGCAGUACUAAAAAGCUGUAUCAGAAACCUAGUAACGCAAAUAAUUUUAACGUUACAGUGAAAGGUCCACCCACUGGAGCUACGUCACAUAAGGAUUUUGAACAAUUGAAACUAGAACUGGCGCAACUGGAUGUCCUUUUUAGUCAACGCCGGGAGACAAAAAAUAACGCAAGUGGACGGUCUAUGGUCAAUGGUUUUGUGUUUCCACUAACAACGGAAGCCGAUGUGGAAAGGCUGGAAGCGGCAGUGCAUUCGAACGCCACCGUAAGGGGGCAAUAUAUUCAACUGUUGAAAGCCAAAAAACCGAAACAUAUAGAUCUGGUGGAUUGUUUCCCAAUGCUUUUUGAUUCAAGCUCUGUGGAAGCCUAUACCUGGAGUGGAUGUCGGAUAUCAAAAUUUCCAAAGAAAGCGAUGAAAAAUUACUCUAUUUUCAACGGAUGCAUGCUAGGUAAAGUUGCUGAACGACAUUUUAGAUUCACUGACAAAGCGUCUAAAGACAGAACGUCGAUUUUCAAAGCAUCCGAAUGGCCUCCAUGUAGAUGGGACACUGCGUGAAACUAUUGACGUACUAGCUCAUUAUGUCGCUUCAAUGUGUAAAUUCGCUUUUUUAAAAUGAUUAAUGCUUCUCAUUUCGCAGCUGCUUGGGAGUCACAGGAAAUGGACAUCAAAAUGCUGGAAGAGAACAUCAAACAAGCUAUUCAUCGCAUUCGAAGGCGCCGGUUGGCAAAAACCUUUUACGAUAAGAAAAAAUCCACCUCUGAAAUGUGAUUAGUUGUCGAAUAAAAUCCUUUGAAAUCCAAUGCAACGCAUUUGAAUGAUAAUUUUACUUGAAUCAGGGAUCACCUAACCUCGUUCAUUGUCAUUUACAGAUGUAUUCUAUAUAGCUGUCGACCGUAGCCCUAGCACCAAAAAGGGUGAAAUCCGGUUGAAUAGGCGAUCGUUCAAAUUCGCGGUAAAUGAUGACGACGAAUCGAACGAUGAAGCGGAAAAUCCUAUGUUCCGGUCCGUGCCUGGUUUCAGAUUUCCGUUGAAAACGGCCGAAGAUAUUGAAGAUCUCGAGCGCAGCGUUCGCGCAAGCGCCACCAUUCGACGACAAUAUAUUGAACUGCUACGGAAAGCACGUCGACUGGUCGAAAAACCAUCGUUCGCCUUCCUGAAGCUGUUCAGCGACGCGUCACUGCUGGACUACAACUACAGCGGGCGAUGCAACUUUUCCGGUACACAGAAAAAAGCAAGUAAGGAUUACAAAAUUUUCGCUGAGUGCAUUGUUGAAGCUUGGGGUGGGGAAUCCUACUCGAUAGAAGAGCUUCGACAGUAUUUAUGCAAUGCGAUCACGUUGGUUAACAAUAGAAAACGAGGGGCUCGCUUCCGCAAGAACCAGCGAAGUACUAGAGGAGACAAGAAAUGACCCCGCGGAUGAAAACUGUGCUGGGCAAGCGAUCGAAUAUGAUACAUAAUGCUCGCAUCUGUUAAACUGAUGCUUAUUUGAGAAAUAAAAACUUAUUAAUAUUAUUGUGUAACGAAUGGUUUAGUGGAAGAGCAAUUUUUCAAAUAUCAAUCAAAACGUACAAGAGUUCUUCCAAAUUUGAAUCGAUAUUUUCUUAUAUAAUGUGACUAAACAAAAUCUAGUACUACAUAUUUCUGUUAAGGUUCAAUUAAACUCAUACAAUUAUUUUAAUUUUCGCCACGAAGUUUGAAUCACUGCCCUAUAAGAUUGCAUCGCAGUUGAUUUGCUCAAAAAUCGAAAUAAUAACAAAUUCAACUCUUUUCAGCAUGGCGUUUGCGCCUCAAAAACCCAAAUAUCAGCUGCAGCGAAACUAAGGCACUGCUGGCCGCGGCUAUGGAGCACACUGGAGUACCGGGAUUCCGGUUUCCGAUCCGAUCUGAGGGCGAAAUCGAACGGCUAGAAGUUGCCGUCCGUAGUGACAUGUACAAAUGGGACAAUUAUAUUGCAUUCCUGCGAGAUUUGAGGGCCAAUGAUCUCCACACACCAAUACGGUGCAUCUUCCAGUCGGUGUUCUACGACGAAGCUCUAGUCAACUAUAACUAUAAUGGAAUUAGCACUGCGCCGGGCGUUCAUAAGCGGGCAAUGAAAAGUUACGCCAUCUUUAGGGACUGCUUCGCUGUGGCCUGGCGAGAAUUUGGAAUCACCGAUGAUAUGAUUCGUGCCAUGUUGACAGAAAUUAUUAAAAAUAUCAACAGGCGGAAACGAAAUCGACAAUAUAAAAAUCGGAUACAGAAGAAAAAGAGGCUUCAAAACUCGUUUGGCACAAACACCAUCUCGAACGUUCGUUGGAUUAUAAAGCCAAAAAAUAAAUCUGCCCCUAGUGCAACGCAGCGCAGGUCCUCCGAACAUGUCCGUCAGCCGGAUUCGAUGAUCGAGUCCAAAGUAGCAGAAAGCAUUCCAGGUUUCCGAUUUCCCAUUGAAUCUGACAACGAUAUUGAGCGCUUGGAAGAAACCGUUCGGAGUUGCGCUCUUACACGUAGAAGAUACAUCAAUUGCCUUCGGCAGAUCAAGGACUCGAGUGAAAAUGCGUCUAUCGAAAGCAUCUUCAAGAUGUUCUUUUACGACGAAAGCCUCACCGAGUACAAUUAUAAUGGCUUCAGUAACAGUCGUCGGGCCAAGAAACGGGCGAUGAAGAACUACGACAUUUUCACGAGUUGCUUCUUGGAAGCCUGGAUGGAUCACGGAGUUACGGAGGAUGAGGUUCGUCAAAUGUUGUGCAAGGUGAUUCGCAACGUACACGGCCGUAAUAGAUUUCGUCGCUAUAAAAUCCGGAAGCGAGAGCAGGAAAUGACAGAAGAUUGUAUUUAUUUGGAAGAAGAUGAUUUGUAAUAAAGCUUCACCGAUACAGCUCUUAGAUUUCAUCUUUGCACAGCUUAGUCACACAUUCUGGAUAACUCAGGAAGAAUGUGGUAAUAAUUCAACUUAUUUUUGUUCCAGCAAACAAACGUCAAGCUCCUACCACAAAAUUUUUAUUUCCGUAAACCGAUCCACAUGCCGUCUUUGAUUUAUCACAACUCAGUUUAAAUCUCUGGAAAACCACUGCGAUUUAUGUAUAUUUCAUCACCUAACAUUAGAAUAACUUUUCCCGUAAUUCUUAUAAUUUCCCAGAUACAAUUACCAUCUUAAACGUACGUUGGAAUGUAAAGCCGAAAAAGAAAUCUGACCCUAGUGCAGCGCAACGCAGGUCCUCAGAAAAUGUCCGUCAGCCAGUU